UAUUCCUGGGCACGCACAAAAUUAAUGGGCCUCAACACCUUGGUACAACUCUACAUCAUUGUUGUUCUCUUCUAAAAUACAAAAACAAUUUCAGCUAUCGUCUUUAUUGACCUUUAACACAAGAAGCUGUGAACAUCAUGGAAUACAUAAAUAUGGAUAAACGUUUUAAAAUAUCGAAAAUAUUAGUGAGAAAUCUAAUAUUUCUUCUCCUCUUUGCUCUAUGCUUCGGCAUAGGGACAACGUUCGGUUACGAUUCUGCCUCCUCGUGCAGUCCAAAUACGAAACAAUCAAGACGUGGUCGAGCACAAAUGCUUGCUGCCAUCCCCUGUGAUCUACUCACGCAAGCGUACUGCACCCAGCCUGGGGCUGCAUAUCCUUGGCAUGCCGUAAGACGUUUUGUACACGAAAACCAAGGACUUAUGAAACGCAUGUAUGGCGAUGUGCGACAUAUUUCAGUACUACGCGAUGAAAUCUUGAACAACGAAAUUGAUGUAGAUGAUAUAGAGGCAGCUACGGAUAGGUAUUCGCGUGAUGGCUACAAUCGUCGCGCGUCCAAGCUAAUGCAUCACCGAGAAGAUUUUGAAAAUUUCAAAGUAAAUGAUGUCUUAAGAGAGCCACAUUUUAGACCGGUUACAUCAUCGACGACGACGACGACAACCAGCACAACGACAAGCCCUACCGGCGACUCCACUACGACCACAAUGCAACCACCUGUAACUACAACUGCGGCAGAGAAAAUAGAAUCAACAGUUGUAGCCAACGAUGAGGAAGUCACCACCAUGGAACCCACAUUCAGUGGGUACAACUCGACCACACUCAAAAAGGAAGAGGCUGAUGUGAACGAAGACUCUGUUACAGAUUCCAUAACAAAUGUUGCUGCAAACAUCGGUCAGGAGGAUGUGACCACAAAGCCAUCUCCCAGUAUGCUGGCGAAACAAAUUGCCGAAGACGACGAAGUGACCACGGCUAUAGACGAAGACGAAUUGGUGGACAUAAUUAACAUAGAGUUAAACAGUGUUUUUGAAACAACCAGUGAUGCCUCUGUGCCCAAUGAUCUAAAUGGUUCAAAUAUAGAAAUUGUGGAAUCCCCACAACUGGGCUUGGAUAAUGGAACUACCGAGAAAAGUGCUAUCUCCUCCACUACAUCAAAACCAGAGACAAAGGGCACAUCAACCACAUUUACCCCACAUUCAUCGGCCAACAGCAAUUCGACAACGACUACGAAAACUACAACUACAACGACGACAAUUGCCUCUACGACGACCACAUUGAAACCUGAGACAACUGCUGAGCGAUCACCGGCAAAACAACAAAGAAAACCUUUUGUACCCUCCAAUUCAAAAUAUCAACACCAAAGACCACAACAACUGCAAAAGGUCGAAUCCACCAUAUCGGCAAAAUUAAAAUUGAAAAUUAAUCCCACCCAGGCUACACCUGCAAGGACUACAACGAGUUUUCCUUCAAUUGUCAGGAACAACACUGGCUCGGCAACUUCUAAUACAACAACAACACCCUUGACAUCAACCAAGAUGUCUCCAUUUAAAAGUCAGCUGAAUAAAAACUACAACCGCUAUACAACAACUCACAACAACAAAUACAAUGCGCCUUCGCCAGGAACAAGCGCUUCGGGAGCGCCUAUUGUGCAACCCAUAAAACCCAAUGCUGAACUUCUGUUGGGUGAAAAGAUACGCAAGCCAGCGGCAAAUGUAACCCCGGCAGCAGCGGCUGCCUCUAAUAAACCGAUAAUGAAAGAUGGACAGUUAUUCCAGGAUACCAUGAAACAGGAACCAGCUCCCACCGUAAAUGCCAGAGGGGUUAAUGCUUGUCCUGUUAAGGAAGAAGUGGUCGCCCCCUUCUGGGCCAACAACACCCGUGGAGAAAUCUUGGCUCUGCUCAAUCUCUAUCCAUUCGAGCAGUAUGUCCACUGGGAGAAGUGCACACACGAACAUAAACAGAUGUAUUGUCGCGAAGGAUGUCGCUGUGAGCAACAAUAUCGCCUACAUCGUCUCUUGGCCUAUGAUCCUCACAACGAAUGCCGUGGCAUAUUCUCCGAUUGGUUUAGAUUUCCUUCCUGCUGUAUAUGCAAAUGCUAUAACAUACCAUUGGAUUUUAGAGCCACUUCUAGGUCACCACGUUCCGAGGGUGGUGCUGGUGAGACUAGCGAUUAUAGACAUCCUAUUGAAAUAGCUGAGGAGCAGGUUAAAAAUGCCAUCUAUGAACAUGCUACCGAAGAUUGGUAUAGGCCAAAGGAUGAUAUAGAUUUAUUUGAAGGUUGAAAUGUUGACAUCUGAAUUGAGGUGGAGGUAUGAAGGACUUCUGUCACAAAGGUAUAGGCAAGGAAAUGUUUUUUGUUUGAAUUUUUCUAAAUUAAAUUUAUACCCAC